GGAGCAGCUCCCGGAGCCCCGGCGCCUCUCCCAGCGCCCUCCCACGGGCCCUCCCACCGAUCCCCGGCAGGGCCAGCCCCGAUCCCGGUGUUCUCGUCCCGCCGCAGCCCGAGGUCGCGGGAUGGGGAACGCGGCGGCGAUGCUGCUGCUGCUGCUGCUGCUGCUGGGGCCGGCGGCCUGGGCCGCCCCCAGGGCGGGCACCAACAGGCCUGAGCCCCCCGUGGCCACAGCUGUGGAUCCGUAUCCCGACCCACUGAGCCCAGAGUCGCCUGCACUGCUGCUGCUGUGGAGCGCGGUGCGGAGCCUGGGGCCGCCGGAGCAGGACGUGGAGGCCAUGACACGGGAGCAGGCCCUGCUCUACCUCUUUGUGCUCCAUGACCACGACCAGAGCAGGCGCCUGGAUGGGCUGGAGCUGCUGCAGUUACUUGGCACAGUGCUGGCACAGGCUGGGGGGCAGCCAGACCCUGACAUGGUGGCUGCACUGGUGGACCAAGCCCUGGCAAGGCAGGACCUGAAUGGGGAUGGGCUGCUGGCCCCCUCCGAGCUGCUGGACCCCCCUGAGGUGCUCUUGCUUGGUCAGGACAAAGGUCCCCCAGGACAGCCCCCACUAGAGCAGCAGGCAGGGCUUGGGGCUGUGCCUGGAGGGGGCACAGAGAUGCCCAGGCAGGACCUGGGGUUGGAAAGCCCAGGACAGGCAGCCACUGAGGCUGGAGACCCCCAGACUGGAGCCCCUGAGGAAGGAGCCCCCAGGAUGGAAUCCCUCGAGGUGGAAUCUCCCAAUGCUGAGACCUUGGAGGCAGAAAUCGUCCCUGGGGCCAAAGCCCCCAGUACUGAUGCCACAGAGGAAGAUGAAACCCCUGAGGCUGAAGCCUCUGAGGAACAGGCAGCCCCAGCCUGGAGGGACCAUGGGGAGGGGUAGGCAGUGGGAGCUGUGGGAUGCAAUGCUGCGGCUGCUCCCUGCCCUGCUCAGGGCACACACUGGCACGGAGAUGGCCCCUGGCCAGGCUGCUGGGGCCCAGAAGGGCUGGGGUUGUGUUGUCUCCUCUGCAAUGCAUCACAUGGAGAAAUAGAGGCACUGCUGGUGA